AUGAACGAGGUCAUCGAGGGGCUCAAUGGGAGAGGUGUACCGGUUAACGAAUCCUCGACCGCCCCAGGACAAGUGCUGAUGUCACUGAAGGGGAAUCUUUGUAACGGGGGCAUCUAUCCUUGGAGGAAAUGUCAGAACUCCUCGCAUCACAAUAAAAAAUCUUGUGAGGCGCGCACCUUGGCAUUUGUGAUUACUUUUUCCUCGUAUUCUUAA